UUUCCAGACCUCUCCCUCUCAGUCAUUUGACAAGAAUCUCAAAAUGGAUGAAUUCGAAAGCGCUCUCGAAGGGGAAGUUGAUCCUGCUGCAGAAUUCUUAGCAAGGGAGCAAAGCGAGCUCGAGGAACUCGGAAUCGAGGACCAGCUCGGCAUUCCAGUGUCACAAGAUGUAGGAGAUUUCACAGACACUGCUCCUUCACAGCAAGAAGAUACAUUUGUCAAUGGGUUUGGAGAUGAUAUUCCUAGUGGAACAUUUGCAGAAAUACAGCCUUCAUCAGUUCAAGCCCAAGAACCAGAGUCAUUAAGAAAAUGGAGAGAAGAUAAAGCCGUUCUUUUGGACGACAUGCAGGAAGAAGAAACCAACGAGCAAGAAAAAUGGGCUGAAAAAGCAAAGAAAGAGUUAGAUGACUGGUAUAACAGAUACAAUGAACAGCUCGAAAAAGUUAAAAAUGAGAAUAGAGCUGCUCAGGAAGAGUUCAUUGAGGAAAUGUCAAGCACUAAGCCUGGAAAUGAAUGGACAAAGGUUGCGCGAUUGUGUGACUUCAAUCCCAAAGUAAACAAAAACACAAAAGAUGUUUCAAGAAUGAGAAGCAUUCUUCUUCGUUUGAAACAAGAACCACUUGUACGCUAGGGACAUUUUUAUGGUGAACUAUUUGUUUUCAAAUUAGAUAUCUAGUUUGUGUACUAAUACUUUGAUUUAGAAAUACUGUAAACCCUAUUCCAAUGCAAAGAAUCGUUAUGGGUCCAACAGAAUAUAUCAUAAAUGUCAAGGCAGUAUUAUUGAUCUAGAAUUAAUUUUUGUAUAACUUAGUAUAAUUACUUUGUUAAUUCAUAGCAAUAUAUGUUGGUGCACAUUCA